UUCUCGACAAACUACAUUUGACCAUCUUCUGAUUUCAUUUCAUUCCACGCUGCCACAAUAGGGAUUCUUCGCUUCUUUGGCCCGUGGUUAGGGCGACAUCUACCCCAAUUCAAACACUCGAAUCUUGUGAAAAUGGCGGUUUCUGAAGCGCAGCCCGCUUCGCAAACCCCCGCGGACGGGCAGAAUGCGCCAUCGGCUCCCCAGUCGGAGCCGAAGAAGAAGUUGUUAGGCAGGGCAUUCUACGAGAGUUUGGGAAGCCCCAAAUAUAUUGUUGCCCCCAUGGUAGAUCGCUCGGAAUUCGCCUGGCGCAUGCUGACCCGUUCAUUCAUGCCUCCCGAUGACCCUAGACCUCUCCUGUCCUACUCGCCCAUGUACCAUGCGCGCUUGUUCCAUGAACAGCCUGGUAUCCGUCUACAGCAUUUCCGACCCACGCGCGACGACAACGGUCAGGGCGCUGGCACUCCUUACCUCGAUGGAAACCCCGCCAUAGAUCGACCGCUUUUCGUGCAAUUUUGCGCAAACGAUCCCGACGACCUCCUGAAAGCUGCUCGACAUGCUGAGCCAUACUGUGAUGCCGUUGACCUGAACCUUGGGUGUCCCCAGGGAAUCGCGAAGAAGGGGCACUACGGCGCAUUCCUUCAGGAGGACUGGGAUCUCAUUUAUAAACUGAUUAAUCGACUACAUAAUGAACUUUCGAUACCCGUUACCGCCAAGUUUCGGAUCUUGGAGACAAAGGAGAAGACGUUGGAGUAUGCGAAGAUGAUCUUAUCCGCCGGCGCAAGCAUAAUCACCCUCCAUGGUCGCAGAAGGGAGCAGAAGGGACACAAUACGGGUAUUGCUGAUUGGAGCUACAUUCGUUACCUCCGCGACAACCUGCCUCCGGACACGGUGAUAUUUGCAAAUGGAAAUACCUUGAAUUACGACGACUUGGAACCCUGUCUUGAAGCCACAGGUGCAGACGGAGUGAUGAGUGCGGAAGGUAAUCUAUCAGACCCGGCGAUUUUCAGCAAACCCCCUCCCGUUGGCAGCGAGACACGGGAAUAUUGGCGUGGUAGAAAUGGCAAAGGUGGUUACCGGAUAGACGCGAUACUGCGGCGGUAUCUCGACAUCAUUUACAAAUAUGUUCUCGAACAGCCCGUUCCAGAGAGAGAGCCUCUCUAUCUCCCAUCAGAUUCUGUGGACGAGGCUGCAGAGCCAGUCGCCGAACCUGCCGAAGAAGUCGAGGACGGCCCACCCAAGAAGAAGCAAAGGAAGGAACUGAAGAAGGAGAUCAAGAAGGAAAAGAAGGACAGGUCGAAACUGAAGAAGCAGAACUCUCCCAGUCUAGGCGUGAUGCAGGGGCAUCUUUUCCAGCUCCUCCGUCCCAUGGUUGCUCAGCAUACUAAUGUUCGUGACGCACUCGCUCGGUCCCGGCCCGGCGACAUGCCGGCAUUCGAGCACGUUCUCACUCUUGUCGAAAAAGCGAUCAAGGAUGGCUUGCGAGAAUACGAACAAUUCCCUGAACGCUAUGAGGAGCCCCCUAACCAGGACCUGAAAGGGUCCAAGGCGACAAUCGCUGAAUACGGACGACCCUAUUGGAUCUGCCAACCACACAUUCGACCCUUGCCCGAAGAAGCCAUGGAACUGGGCGCUCUCACGGCCAAGCAGAAGAAGAGUACAGCCGAAGACGAUUCUAAAGCUGAAGCGCCUUCAGAGAAAAGGAACCCCCCUGCCGACUCCGAUGCCACGCCCCGCGAGUCGGCUCCGGCUUCAGCUACAGCAACCCCAGAUCCGUUGGUUAGCGGUUAAAAUAUGUCUUUUCUUUUCUUUCUUUUCUUUUCUUUUCUUUUGCUUAGGGCGGAGUUCAACAUUGCAUAUAUCCAACGGGGAGGAGUGGGGAGCGCGUUUAUAGAUGUCUCAUUGCUGAACAUGUCAGAAGCAGUGAUAAUACAAUAUAGUACAUAGACUCACGCCAGUGAUGCAUACAAUACUAGAG